AAUACUCCUUGACAUAUACAUCUGACAAAAUGGGUGGUGGAUCUGUGCCUGAAGGAACUCGUUUCAGUACGUCAAUUUCGCCCUUGGUUUCGUCGCUUUCCGCCGGUGUGCGGGUGGUGCUGUGUGUGUUUGAGCGCACCGUGGGAUGGUGGGGUAACAUGGGUGGACCUACCCAGCGUGGUAUCAUCACCUACUCCCUCUCCCCUUUCGCCCAGCGUCCCCUCGCUGGUACCCUCCACGCCGCUAUCUUCAACAGCGCUCGCCGUAUCCGCCAGAACAUCAUCUACUGGGGUGUUCCUUUCGCCGCUUACUACGGUAUCUACACCUGGGCCAACUCUUACAACGAGUUCCUGAACUCCAAGGCUGGACAUUUGGCUGAGGCUCAGCACGAGACUAGGGGAUAG